AACAGCAACGACAUAUUUGCAUCGUUAUCGUUAAACAAUUGCUCUAAAUAAACACAUUUAUAUCGUAAUUAGUAAAUGGUACGCAGUUCGCGAAUUUAAUCAAUAAAAGAAGUGAUCCGGUCGCGUUUAAAAUUUCAUCGAGCCAACAUGGGGAUGUCACGCUGCUAUUCACUUAUGAAAUGUUUGCUGAUACUGUUUAACAUCGUAUUCCUGGUGAUAGGCCUAGCAGCCUGCGGGCUGAGCGUCUGGGCCCUAUGGGAGGGCGGAGCCUCCGCCGGCGUGGGCGGGACCGGCGCUGGCGAUGCCGCCGCGGCUCGAGCCGGGCUCUGCGCCGUGGCGGCCUGGGGCGGGGCGCUGGCGCUGGGCGCUAUCGCUGCGUUGUGGGGAGCGGCCCGUGAUGCCCCGUCGCUGUUGGCUGCAUCUUUUGCGCUGUUAGCGCUGUGUGGAGUGGCGGAGGCAGCGGCGGCGUGUUGGGGCGCGGCGCACCUGCCGCAGCUCCGGCGCGCGCUGGCGCAGCGCCUGCACCACGCCGUGCGCAGCGAGUACGGCCGCGGCGCCGCCACGCAGCUGCUCGACACCAUCCAGGCCGAGCUAAAAUGUUGCGGCGCAGAAAGCGUCCGCGACUGGCAGAGCUCGAUGUGGUCCCGCGCCGAGGCCGGAGCCUCCGACGCGGCGCCUCCGCAGCUCGACGACGUAGCCUUAGACCUGUCUGUGACCGCCCCUAACUCUUACUACUACGUACCACCUUCGUGCUGCUUGGUGAGUUAUAUACUCUGUAUCUUUAUAACUAAGCAGAGCUCGGUGCGGUCUCGCGCCGAGGCCGGAGCCUCCGACGGGGCGCCUCCGCAGCGCGACGACGUAGCCUUAGACCUGUCUGUGACCGCCCCUAACUCUUACUACUACGUACCACCUUCGUGCUGCUUGAGCUCGGUGCGGUCUCGCGCCGAGGCCGGAGCCUCCGACGGGGCGCCUCCGCAGCGCGACGACGUAGCCUUAGACCUGUCUGUGACCGCCCCUAACUCUUACUACUACGUACCACCUUCGUGCUGCUUGAGCUCGGUGCGGUCUCGCGCCGAGGCCGGAGCCUCCGACGGGGCGCCUCCGCAGCGCGACGACGUAGCCUUAGACCUGUCUGUGACCGCCCCUAACUCUUACUACUACGUACCACCUUCGUGCUGCUUGUCGACGGAGGAGGGAGGCGACGCGGCGUCGUGUGCGGAGGCGCGGCGCGUGCCGGCCGCGUCGAGCGGCGCCGCGGGGCUGCACCAGGCCGCCUGCGCGACUAGAGUCAUACACGCGCUAGAGGCGCGACAAGGAAAAGAGGUCGACAGACGGACCGAGAACGCCUGGAAGAGCUAUUGGUCCAUGAAACACCUCAUGAAGGGAGACCUACCUCUGUCUCUCAAACGUAGACUCAUGGACAUGUGCAUACUUCCAGUCCUCACCUAUGGUGCUCAGACUUGUAACAAUGUGUUAUGUUUCCAGUCGGGUGCGCGGCUGCCGCUAGCGGUGGGGGCGGCGCUGCUGGCGCUGCACGCGCUGGCGCUGCUGCUCGCGCUCGCGCUCUGUCUGCGCGCGCGCCCCGCCCCGCGCUAUAAGGCCUAGGAC